AUGGUUGUUGAUGCUGGUGUAGUGGCUCGUCCUGAUUCCUCUGAGGGGGGUGGGAAUGUGUCGGAGCAGGCUUACCGGACUAUUUCGGAAUAUGGCGAUCGACGGCCGAAUGUCCGUGGGGAUGAUGAGGAAAGUGCUUUGCUAGCUAGUCCGGUCGCUAAUGGAGAGCGCAGAAUUGAGGUAGGGAGCAGUGUUGGCACCGUUGUGGCUGUCUUGAUUCUUGGCGAAUUUAUCUCGAAUGCCGAUAGCACGUUAGUUAUGGCUGCAACGGCAAGGAUCACGUCCGAAUUUAAUCGGCUUCAGGAUGCUAGCUGGUUAUCGACUGCAUAUACUCUGGGGGUGUGCGCUGCGCAGCCGAUGUACGGCAAACUGAGCGAUAUCUACGGGCGGAAAGCACUUUUACUGGUGGCGUAUACUCUCUUUGGUUUUGGAUGCAUUGUCUCCGGGCUUGGUAGAGACCUUUGGUCGGUGAUCGCGGGCCGGGCAGUGAGUGGAAUUGGAGGUGCUGGUAUCAUGACCCUCGGGUCGGUCAUCAUCACCGAUAUUGUUCCCCGACGUGAGGUGGCCUCAUGGAGAGCAUAUAUCAAUAUCGCCAUGACUCUGGGUCGCAGUGCCGGAGGUCCGGUCGGUGGAUGGUUGACAGAUGCGAUCGGAUGGCGCUGGUUAUUCCUCCUGCAGACCCCAUUCAUCGUGAUCGGUGGUUUAUUAGUGAUCGCGAAACUGAACAUCAAAUAUCACGCCGCAUCCAAGGCCUCCAUCCGCCGCCGGGUCGACACCCUCGGAGCGACAUUGCUCGGAACAUCGGUAGUAGCUAUCAUCAUGCUCCUCGACCGAGGAGGCCACGCCUUCCCCUGGAUUUCACUCUUCUCCUUCUUAUUAGGCAGUAUCGGUCUAACGCUACUCACGCUCUUCAUCUACGUCGAAAUGCGCCUCGCAGCCGAACCAAUCUUCGACCUGCGCAUCCUCUCCCGUCCCAACGUAGCAUCCAGCUACACGAUCGGCUUCCUCCAAAUCACCAGCCAACUCGGCAUGCUCUUCUCCGUCCCCCUCUACUUUCAAGUAACGCAACGCGCGUCUGCAACCGUCGCAGGUGGACAUCUCGUCCCGACCGUCGUCGGGAACACAAUUGGAGGUCUAUUAGCAGGCAACUUCAUCCGCCGAACGGGUCACUACAAGACACUCCUCGUCGGAGGAGGGCUCGUCGCGGCCGUGACCCACGUUCUCCUGUUCACGCAGUGGGACGGCCGCACGAACUUUUGGGAAUCCUUAUACAUUAUCCCCGGGGGUAUGGGGACUGGCAUCGCGUCGGCGUCUGCGUUCGUCGCUAUGACUGCUCUUCUUGAGCCCCAGGAUAUGGCCAUGGCAACAGGGGGUUACAUGCUUAUUACCAGUUUUGCGAUGACGACGGGGAUCACGAUGACGAAUACGGUUCUCGGGCUUGGGUUUAGACAUCAGUUGGAGAGGAAUCUGCGCGGUCCCGGGGCGGAGAAGAUUAUUCACCGGGCGACGUCGGAUACAAAUUAUAUUGCUAAACUGGAAGGGAAGAUUUGGGAGGUUGUAGUGGACUGUUUUGUCGCUGGGUUAAGGAAUACUUAUUUGAUUUGUUUGGUGCUCUGUAUCUUGGGAUCGUUGCUUGCUUUGACGGUUCGUCAUCAUCGUUUGUAG